ACGGCGCCGUUUCACAAUGUCGGGUACACAAGAAAGCAUCUUUUGAGGAGAUUGCCCAGUUGUAUUGUAUAUGUACACAUUUGGUUCCAUUUCAUUAUUUCUUUACUUUCUAUCGUUCUCUACUCUUCCUUCAUCCUCUCUACCAAGUUCACCUUUCGUUUUUAUCAUUAAUCAUGUCUGCGGAAUCGGCUACUGCAAUUCCAAGAAGCCAAGUUGAUCUGGUGGACUUCAUUGACUGGUCUGGGGUUGAAUGCCUCAACCAAAGCACGAGUCACUCUCUUGCAAACGCUCUCAAGCAGGGUUACAGAGAAGAUGAUGGUUUGAAUCUGGAGAGUGAUGCAGAUGAGCAGCUUCUGAUUUACAUUCCUUUUAAUCAAGUGGUGAAAUUGCAUUCUUUUGCCAUCAAGGGACCUGAAGAGGAAGGUCCCAAGACUGUAAAACUUUUUUCAAACAAGGAGCACAUGGGGUUCAGCAAUGUCAAUGACUACCCACCAAGUGACACUGCCGUUUUGUCCCCUGAUAGUCUUACGGGAAAACCAGUUGUUUUGAAGUAUGUUAAGUUUCAGAACGUUCGCAGCUUGACAAUAUUUAUUGAGGACAAUCAAUCUGAUUCUGAAGUUACAAAAGUCCAAAAAAUCUGUCUCUAUGGCACAACGGUGGAAACGACAGACAUGAAGGGUUUGAAGAAGAUUGAGGAUGGCCACUAAAGAAAUGAAUUAGAUGGGUGGAUACAACAAUUUGGAUUACUGGAACUAUUGUUGAUUUUCACUUUGCUUUUUCAAAUUUUUUUGAUUGAAAUUGCAAUUUGCAAUAUAAUAACUUUCAUGUGAAUUCAAGUUGCUUUUUUAUAACCAAUUAUUGCCCCCAGAAUUUCUGGUUAAGCCUACUUUGUGGUUUGUUAUUUGCCUCAUUUUAUUCUGGAGAGAAAGGAUUGAUGGAAUGACAAAAAAUCAUUUUUAUUUCA